AUGCCUGUUCGUCUCCCUCCAUCUCAAGCCUCAGAAGAAGAAGAGGAGCAGCACAUUGAGAUGGAGGACCAUGGCAUGUCGAGGAACUCCUCGAGGCAGAGACUCCUCCAACCUCGAGCACGCGGUGCCCGCGGACGGCUCGCUGGUCUGGCCUCUCAUACCCUGGGCUUGAUCCUCCUCCUUUGCGUCGUCUUCCUAUGGACCAUGUCCAAUUUUCUCGGUAGUAGCAUAUUUGCUGACAACACAUAUGCCAAACCCUUCUUCUUGACUUAUCUCAAUACGUCCACCUUCAUGCUGGCCAUGAUCCCUACCCUCGUCCGAACCGCAUAUAAACGACACCGAGAGCGUGGGGAUUUGUACGAUACGAUCCGAGCGAACGUGUUGCGGACAAUCAAGCGGAAGGGGUAUAGUCGAGUGUCUUCAACCGUUGACGACGGACAAGAUCCUGAAGAAGGGCAAGACUCAGACUUGGAGACAUUCAUUCAGAAACCAGGUCGGAACGGUUCCAACGCGGGCGUCCCCCGUCGUCCUGGGCGUCACAGUGUCGAGGAAGGGGGCAAGCAUCUGGGAAUCAUCCCGACGGCCAGGCUGGCCUUGGCCUUUUGCAUUCUCUGGUUCAGCGCCAAUUACUUUGCCAUGGCGUGCCUGAAGUACACCACGGUGGCGUCCACCACGAUCCUGACCUCGACCUCAAGCUUCUGGACGCUCUUCAUCGGCGCGUUUACGGGCACGGAGAAAUUCACGUGGCGGAAGCUGUGCGGUGUUCUGGCGUCCUUCGCGGGCAUCCUGUUGAUCUCGAGCGUGGACUUUUCGGCGAAGACGGACGGCGGCGCCCCCGACUCGCAGCAAUCGUUGGGCGCGAGGUCGAUAUUGUCCAAGCGGGUGGACACGUUCCCGGACAAAUCGCCGUCCGAGCUCGCCUUGGGCGAUGCCUUUGCGUUGUUUUCCGCCAUCAUCUACGGCAUCUACACCAUCACCCUGAAGAAGACGACCGUGAAGGCUCUGCCGCGGUCCCUCAACAUGCCCCUCUUCUUCGGGCUGGUCGGCACCUGCAACCUCAUCCUCCUCUUCCCGCUCUUUCCCAUUUUGCAUUUCUCGGGCCUCGAGCCCUUCUCGCUCCCGCCGUCCCGGAGGAUCUGGACGAUCCUGCUCAUCAACAGCUGCGCGAGCUUCUGCUCGGACCUCUGCUGGGCGUACGCCAUGGUGUUGACCUCCCCGCUAUUGGUCACGGUGGGGCUGAGCCUGACGAUUCCUCUUUCUUUGGUCGGCGAGAUGGUCCUCCAGGGCCAUUAUGAGGGCUGGGUCUACUGGGUCGGGGCGGGGAUUGUGGUCGGCAGCUUUCUCUUCAUUGAUCAGCAGGAGAAGAACGAGGAGGUCUCUCAUGACGGCCACGGCCGUGGUGUCGAGGCCCAGAACGAAGACGACGACGACGAGGAGGAGGUUACUGGCGAGGCAUUCUCCUCCGCAGCAGGCAACGACUACGGCGUUGAUGGGCACGGGCACGGGCACGGAUCUGCGCGUAGACAUGCAUCCUAA